AUCUGUCAGCCGCGCUUCUGUGUUCUUCUCGUCCCUUCUCUUCUCCAUUCCCCUCUCGGGUUGCGCAUCUCUCUCUCUUUGUGCGUGGUGCGCGGCCAUGGCGGACUACCACUUCGUGUACAAGGAUGUGGAGGGGGCGAGCACGCAGUGGGAUGACAUCCAGCGCCGCCUCGGGAACCUGCCCCCGAAGCCGGAACCCUUCAAACCUCCGCCCUUCGCCCCCAAGGUUGAUGCCGACGAGCAGCCCAAGUCAAAAGAAUGGCUCGACGCGCGCGAGCCCGAAGAGCUCGAGGAGCUUGAGGACGACCUAGACGACGACCGCUUCCUCGAGCAGUACAGGAAGAUGAGGCUUGCAGAACUAAGGGACGCAGCAAAAGCCGCGAGAUUUGGCAGUAUCGUGCCCAUCACUGGCUCUGACUUUGUGCGUGAAGUGUCGCAGGCGCCAUCAGAUGUCUGGGUUGUGGUCUUCCUAUUCAAGGAUGGAAUACCAGAAUGUGGGCUGCUUCAGACUUGUUUGGAGGAACUGGCAACAAGAUACCCAGCGACCAAGUUUGUUAAAAUUAUCUCCACAGAUUGCAUUCCCAACUACCCGGAUCGAAAUGUUCCUACAAUACUGGUGUAUAACAACAGUGCUGUCAAAGGGACUUAUGUUGGUCUGCAGAAGUUUGGUGGAAGGAAAUGCACACCUGAAUCUGUUGCAUUAGCACUUUGCCAGUCAGACCCAGUACUUAAUGAUGGGCAGGGUGACAGCGAUUUAUCCCGGAACAAUGUCAUAGAAGGUGUUCGCAAGAAGUUCAUAGAGAAGGUUGUCGCCCAGCAUGAAGCACGGGAAGAAUACGACAGUGACUAAAUUUGACAUGAGUGUUAGCUUAUUGUAUUUGGUUGGAUGGGUGAAUUUUUGUCUCAGUUUACUACUGGUAUCUUAUUGGGUUUUAUGGGCAAAAUUUGUCGGAGUUCACUGAUUUUAUCUUGUUGUGUGAGUGAAGUCUUGUCACGUUUACUGAUCAUAUUUUGUUGUAUGGAUGAAGACAUGAGAGUUGUGUUUUA